GAGUCAGUGAUGAGGAAAGAUAGGGUCCAAGUAGAGUCUUUGUCUGACAGACUUUCCACACAACCCGUGUAAGAUAAACCCAACUCUCACUUCUCUUUCUCUUCUCUCUCUCUCUCAUCUUCCUGUUUCUCUCUCUAGAAUAAUAUUCUCUUCAUGUGUGUUUUUUCAUCAAUCAAGAUUCAAACAAAACUCAAACCUUGACAAAGAUCUACGUCAGACUUUCAUGAACAAAAGCUCUAAACUUAAGUUAACUCCAUCCACUUAGAUCCAUCAUCUUUGCUUUCAACAACUACCAUCAUCAUAUAUAUAUUAGUUAUUUUAAGCUUCUGUUGAUCCAUCUUUUUGUUCUUGAUUGAUUUCAUCAUCAUCUUUCAUUGCAUAACAGAAAACAUGUCUGGUGAAGAUCUUUUAUCAUCUCCUUCUUCUCUUUCUGCUUUCAUUCAAGACCCUAUUGCAAACCCUAACCCUAAUUCUUCAAAUUCAUCGAAACGAAAGCGAAAUCUCCCCGGCACACCAGAUCCAGAUGCAGAUGUGAUAGCCUUAUCUCCGAGAUCGCUAAUGGCGAGGAAUCAAUUCGUAUGCGAAAUAUGUCACAAGGGUUUUCAAAGAGACCAGAAUUUGCAGCUUCAUAGAAGAGGACACAAUCUACCAUGGAAGCUAAAGCAAAGAAACAAACUUGAAGUUGUGAAGAAAAAGGUUUAUAUUUGCCCGGAGGUAAGUUGUGUUCAUCAUGAUCCAUCACGAGCUCUCGGAGAUCUCACCGGAGUUAAGAAGCAUUAUAGCCGAAAACAUGGAGAGAAGAAGUGGAAGUGCGAAAAGUGUUCGAAGAAGUACGCGGUUCAGUCAGACUGGAAAGCUCAUAGCAAAAUUUGUGGUACUAGAGAGUACAAGUGUGAUUGUGGAACAAUCUUUUCUAGGAAAGACAGCUUUAUAACGCAUAGAGCAUUUUGUGAUGCGUUAACCGAAGAAAACUCGAGAAUGGCUUCAUUUCCGAUUAUGUCGACUAGUGUGAAUCUCAACUUUCGACACGACUUGAUGGCGAUGAACGGUGGUGGUGGCGGUGAUGGGAUGCGGUUUCCGGGGAUGUUUGGUGGUGGGAUGUUAGGAGUUAAUCUUGAUCCGAAUUCGGAGAAGCCCAGAUUGCCAGUUUGGUUAGACCAAAAUGAGAAUGCACCACAUUUGGAAAACCCUAGUAGCUCAACCUUUUUGGGGUCAUCAAGUUCGAACAACAAUAACAAUGGCGGAAUGCUGCCACCCGAAAUGGUGCAAUGGUUGAAUGGAAGCCAAGAACCGAUGGUAGGACCGUAUUCUGGAUCGUAUUUGAAAGAGGAAGAAGGUGGGAAACGAGAAAUGCAAUUGGAUUCUUUGUAUAACUACACUACUUCAACCAUGGCUGCGCCACAACCUCCAGGUCACAUGUCAGCAACCGCGCUAUUACAAAAAGCGGCUCAAAUGGGGUCAACAAGAAGUACCAAUUUAGAUGAAACUACCGGGUUCGGGCUCAUGAGUACAAGUCUCUCGAAUUUUGAUUCGUCGACUCAUGAUCACAAUGGGGAUGGACUAAUGAUGAUGAUGAAUUCGUCGAAGCGAAUUAAUGGAAAUGGUGUAAACGAGUCGCGUGAUACGGAUUUGACUAGAGAUUUUCUUGGUGUUGGAGGAAAUGAAAGAAGAUCAUUUAAUUUGCAACAAAAAAUGUUCAAGUUUAAUUCUUCAAUGGAGAAUUGAAGCAUAUGAUAUAUGCUUAAAAUAGAGAUGAUAAUGUGAAUUAAGGUAGGUGACAAAUGAAGAAAAGAGACAAAGGAGUCACAAGAAGGGAAUAAUAUUGCUGGUACAUGGAUUGGGCAUGUUAUUGCAGCAGGAAAAAAGGUUUUGUUUUUUAAGAAACUUGUCUCUGGUCUAGUCUUGCCUGGCUGUACAACUUUUUGAAACAGUUUUUACUAUUCAGUCUGUGACCUAGCUACUCUCUCUCUCUCUCUCUUCAAAGAGAGAAGAUUAGGUGAUAAUAAGAUCAUGACUCAUUUGUAUUUUAUAAGAAUUUAUAUAGUAUGCAUUAAGUAAUUUAAAACAGGAAACUAUUGCUUUGUUA